CUGCGACAGCCAAACAAUCAAUCGCAAUUGUCUCUCAAUCUCUCCAAAUUCGAGCUUCUAAUCAUCUGAUAGCAAAAAAAAAACGAAAUAAAUUUGGAGUAAUGAAGCAUCAACACCUCCCGCAUCACCCUCGGCACAUUUCCCCCAAACAUUCGGCGGCCCGAGCUCGCGCUCGCGCUCCUCGCGCUCCGCAAACCUCCCCCGAUAGCAAAUUAAUUCCAUCCCAACCUUGCUCGCUCCCUCGCCCAAUCUCUCUUCACCACAUCCCACUCUGUCCGUGUCCAUCGCAACCAUGAACACCAUAGCCCCCGCCCCAACAACCGCAACGCAAGCAAUAAAACGCCUCCCCCCCCACAAACGCAUCUUCGCCAUAACGCUCGGCCUCACGGGCGCCGCAGCAUGCAACCUCUUCCUCGGGUACCAGCUCUUCUCGCUCUACAGCCGCAACACGACGUUCCUCCCGUACGACACGUCGUCGCCCGAUCUCGCGACCCCCGUGUUUAAAUCCCACAACAAGCUGAAUAACCCGCCCGUCUGCAUCGACCACGCGGUCAAAACAAUCCCGCUCGCGAAACUCAAGGAGAAUGAUUUGGGAAGGCUGACUACGGAUUUCUGUAGAGGCGUGUGGAGUGGCGUCGGGUAUGCGGUUCAGAGGAAGAUUCUGGAGAGGAAGUAUAAGGGGCUUGAGGGGAGGGAGGGGAUGUUGUGGGGGAGGAAGGAGUUGGGUGAGGCGGAGUAUAAAGUUGGCGAGGUGGUUACGGAUCAUUUCGAGGUCGUGGAACAUACGGAUGAUAAGGUUAUCGUGCGCUGCGGCGACUCCCCUCUCAACAAGGCCCCGCGCCCCAGCGAUGGAUUGUUCGCCAUGGAGGUGACCAAGGAUGAUGAGGCGCAGACGGCGACGUUCCACCUCAAGAGCGUGUUUGUCGAUACGACGCCGGAUGGCCAGACUGCUGAGCCCUUGCCUGGGUAUAUGCAGUUCUUACAUCGUCUCUACACGAAACUUUGGAUGGAGUCCGCGACACGCAAGUUGUUGAAGUAA